CUGAGGGUGGCGGCCCGCCUUCGGCCCCCGGGGGCUGUUCGGGGCGUUGCGGGGCUCCCCUUGCCGCAGCCGGGCCGUUGGCACACCGGGAGCGGUUAGCCCUGCCGUGCCCGGGCCGUGUGCUCGGCCCGAGGGAGCUGUUCUGCCUGCGGGCACCUCUGUCACGCUGCCUCACCGUCGGGAAGGGGCUGGGAAGCUCAGAAAUAAAACUUUCCUUUUGCUAAAAGCCUCUGCUCGUCUGGCCCUGUGACACCGCAUAGCCCGAGAAACCCACGGCGUCGAAUUCAGCCUUCUGUGCCCCGGUUUUUUAACUGUCUUUUUCCCAUUAAAACAUAUGGGUUUUUAAACCGAAGACGGAGAGUAUGAUUCAAAAGGUUUUCGUUGGAAUUAAUUUCUCUCUUUAAGUACCAGACCGAGGAAUGGUGGUGGUGUGCAAUACAGAGAAAAACGGAAACUACGUUUUUCCGUUCCCGCUGCCUGUUCACGGCAGAAAAAUGUUCUGACAGCAAGGAACUGGAGCUUUUAAUAAUAUUUUUUUGAAGGCCAAGGCAGUACAAAACGUUAUAGAAGAGCAGCAGUUCAAACCUUAUUACUGGAGAAGAGCAACACCGAAAAUAUAUUGUUAAACUUUGGGUCAAGUGUGAAAUUGACGAAGGGAAAUGAUCUGCACUGGCUAGCGUGUGCCUUGUACGUGGCUUGCAGAAAAGCAGUUCCAACUGUGAGCAGAGGGACAGCUGAGGGAAAUUACGUAUCUUUAACCAGAAUUUUGCGCUGUUCAGAACAAAGUUUGAUCGAGUUUUUUAACAAGAUGAAAAAGUGGGAAGACAUGGCAAAUCUACCGUCCCAAUUCAGAGAACGAACUGAGAGAUUAGAGAGAAACUUUACAGUUUCCGCAGUAAUUUUUAAGAAGUACGAGCCCAUAUUUCAGGACAUUUUCAGAUAUCCUCAAGAAGAUCAACCUCGUCAACAGAGAGGAAGGAAACAGAGGCGACAACCGUGUACUGUGACUGAAGUUUUCCAGUUUUGCUGGGUGCUGUUUGUUCAUGCAAAAGGUAAUUUUCCUAUGAUCAGUGAUGACUUGGUCAAUUCCUACCACCUCUUGUUAUGUGCUUUGGAUCUAGUGUAUGGAAAUGCUCUCCAGUGUCCUAACCGUAAAGAACUUCUGAACCCUAAUUUUAAAGGUUUACCCGAAGACUUUCAUAGUAAGGAUUAUAAAGUAUCCUCUGAUCCUCCCUGCAUCAUUGAAACACUGUGUUCAUUACAUUAUGGAUUAGUUUUAGAAGCAAAAGGCAUAAAGGAACAUUUUUGGAAGCCAUAUAUUCGGAAACUUUUUGACAAAAAGCUUUUAAAAGGAAAAGAUGAAAAUCUGACUGGAUUUCUAGACCCUGGGAACUUUGGAGAUAGUUUCAAAGCCAUCAACAAGGCCUACGAGGAGUAUGUGUUGUCGGUAGGAAAUCUGGAUGAGCGAAUAUUUCUCGGGGAGGAUGCAGAUGAAGAAAUUGGAACGCUCACGAGGUGCUUAAACACAACUUCAGGAAUGGAAACAGCUGAAAGAGUACAGGUGAAGCAUAAUUUGCAGCAGCACUUUGACAGGUCCAAAUCACUUAGGAUUACAACCCCACUGACUGGCCGCAAGUAUAUUAAAGAGAGCAACCCAUAUGUGACACCUGUUUCCAUAGCAACGUACAGUUUGAGCCGCCUUCAUACGAUGCUGGCAGGACUGAAAAAUGCCCCCAGUGAAAACCUGGAGCAAAUACUCAGGGCAUGUUCCAGGGAUCCUUCUCAAUCUAUUGCAAAUAGAGUAAAAGAAAUGCAUGAAGUGUACUGCCAGAGCGUGCAGUCUGAAGGAGAAUUCAGUAAUUUUUCCAAAGAUGUUGCCAGUAAGCAUUUUCGUCGUGCUGAGGUGCUGUACUACAAGGUCUUGGAGUCAGUCAUUGAGCAGGAGAGGAGGAGACUGGGAGAUGCUGACUUAUCUGCAAUCCUGGAGCAAGACGUGUUUCACAGAUCUCUGCUGGCAUGCUGCCUCGAGAUAAUUACCUUUACAUAUAAACCACCUGGAAACUUCCCAUUCAUCACUGAAAUAUUUGACAUUCCAGUUUAUCAUUUUUAUAAGGUAAUUGAGGUUUUCAUUAGAGCAGAGGACGGCCUUUGUCGGGAAGUGGUAAAGCACCUUAAUCAUAUCGAAGAGCAGAUCUUAGAAAGUAUGGCAUGGAAACAGGAAUCCAUACUGUGGGACAGAAUCAGAGAGAAUGAAAACAAAGUUCCUACUUGUGAAGAGGUAAUGCCACCUCAGUAUUUUGAGAGAUCUGCUGGGAACAGUGUUGUCGGUUCACCAUUGACACCAAGACGAAUAAAUGAGGUUCGUGCUGAAACUGGAGGCCUAGGAAAAGGCCUGUCGUCCUCUCCGACUACCCUGUAUGACAGAUACAGUUCUCCUGCCGCCAAUCCUACAAGGAGAAGACUGUUUGUUGACAACGACAACAACUCUGACAGUGGAACUCCAGUAAGAGUUUCCCAACAGCCCGUGGUAAACACCGUGCCAGUGCAGAACAUGAAUCCCGAAGCAAUGUCCGUGACUCCAGUGCCCGGCCAGACGCUGGUUACAGUGGCCACUGCCACCGUCACAGCCAAUAAUGGGCAAACUGUGACAAUACCAGUACAAGGUAUUGCCAAUGAAAAUGGAGGAAUAACUUUCUUCCCAGUGCAAGUGAACGUAGGUACGCAGCCUCAAGCUGUCUCUGGUCCCAUCCAGCCUCUCAGCGCCCAGGCGCUUGCUGGGACCCUGAACCCCCCGAUGAGCGGGGCGACGCUGCAGUUACCCGGCCAGCUAACCGUGCAGCAGAUCUCCCCCGGAGAGCAAAGACAAACCCAGCCAUUUACCACUGCCACAUCCGUCAGGCCUCGGAAGAUGGGCUCACUGUCACUCUUCUUUAGAAAGGUGUAUCAUUUAGCUAGCGUUCGUCUGAGGGAUCUCUGUGUCAAGCUCGAUGUAUCUGACGACCUGCGGAAAAAGAUCUGGACGUGUUUCGAGUAUUCCUUGGUGCACUGCCCUGAAAUCAUGAUGGACAGACAUUUGGAUCAGCUGCUGAUGUGUGCCAUCUAUGUCAUGGCUAAGGUUACUAAGGAGGACAGAUCAUUUCAGAACAUUAUGCGCUGCUAUCGGACACAACCGCAAGCCAAGAGCCAUGUGUAUCGGAGUGUCCUGAUAAAAGGCAGGAGACGCCGGUGCCGCUCUGGCAGCAGCGACAGCAAUAGCCAGCAGAACUCGCCUACAGACAGAAGUAAAGAAAGAAACAAAGAAAGAACCAGCAGAGACUCCAGCCCAGUGAUGCGCUCCAGCAGCACGCUGCCCGUACCGCACCCCAACAGCGCGCCCCCCACCCCGACCCGGCUGACAGGUGCCAACAGUGACACAGAGGAGGAAGAGCGCGGGGAUCUUAUACAAUUCUACAACAACAUCUAUAUCGAGCAGAUUAAAGAAUUUGCCCUGAAGUAUACUUCAAAUGCAACCGACUCUCCUCCGCUCUCGCCCUACCCCUUUGUGAGGAUUGGCUCCCCUCGCAGAAUCCAGCUGUCCCAGAAUCACCCAGUCUACAUCUCGCCACACAAAAACGAGUCUACUCUCUCUCCUCGAGAGAAAAUAUUCUAUUAUUUCAGCAGCAGCCCAUCUAAGAGGCUAAAGGAAAUUAACAGCAUGGUUAGAACCGGAGAAACUCCGACCAAGAAGAGAGGCAUUCUCUUAGAAGAUGGUACCGAAGCACCAGCUAAGCGGAUCUGUCAGGAGAAUCACACGGCUCUGUUAAGACGACUACAAGACGUAGCAAAUGACCGCGGGUCCCACUGAGCGCGGUGCCCCCACACAGGUAUCGACAGCCACUUGCUCUAACCCGUCAACUCGCGCUGCUUGUGUCGGGGCUCCCCCCUCGCCCUCACCUUUGGACUGGGAAGUUACUCACGCGCCACAUGUGGCAGCGCUGCACCAAGCUUCAGCGGUGUCUUGUUUUUUUUAACAGUAACCACCUCCACAAAAACAAUGACUUACAGGUAAUAUUCCAGCAAAGUCCAGUCCUGCUUGGGAAGGGAAGAUGGGAAUAACCUUUCCAAGCCCCGAAGGAAGCUGGCCGAGUGGAUCCUUUCCCUGUCCAGGAUGUGCCGUGGGCCCCUGCCAACCAUCAUGUCAUUCUGCUCCGCUGCUGGGGCGCCCUGUACAGAAGUAGGUAGCUUUGUGACGCCUUGGUUUUAGCUGUGCAAUGUUUUCAAGUGAACUCACGUUCAAAGGUGGCACUUUGGUAGGGCUGUGAAGCACCACGUGUAAGGCAGAGUAGUUUUGCUGUAUAUUUGCAAUGGCACUUUCUAAAUGUGAAUUAUUUUUUUUUUCCAAAGGCUGACUUCAGCUGUCUUUUCUGUAUUGAAGCAAUUUGAUUUUUGUAUUUAUUUUCAAAUUGACAGCCCAUAGCUCCCCUCUUCAGCAAAUGGCAUUAAGGUUUCAUUGUAGCGCGGUGCCUUUGCAGUAAGGAAUGCAGGAUGCUAGGGACGUCGGCUUUUUCCGAGGAAUUUUAUAUACUUGUAACGUUCCUGCAGCGCGCUUUUCUUGAGAGUCAGGAACUGGCCACCUCACUCAGCAGCAGGACGGUGGGGUCCAGCUCUUAAAACAUUUAUGUAGCUUUUUUACUUUGUUUGUAAAGGACAGGGCUUGCAGGGGGUUGGGUUUGUUUUUUUUAGUGGACUAAAUGAGGCAGCCUGGGAGAAAUCUCUCCCCGCUACCAGGAUAAGGAAGCGGCACGUAUAUUACUAUAGUUGUCUUAUAAAAUAGUUCCAAAAUACCAGACUUAAUAGGAAAGCAUUAAACAUACUAACACCUGGUACAGCAGGGCAGCUUACGGCUUCAGUGACACAAUGGGGAACACCGGUGGCGUUAACGGAGAACGUAGCACACGUGGAUUCCCAGAAGCUUAUAUAAGGAAACAAAAGUUAAAAGCUCUGUGUUUUUAAUCAUUCCUGCUCCUCUGAAUUAUUGGAAAACUUAGGAUUUAAUUCCACUGUCAAUUCAAUUCAUGCAACAUAAAAGCAUCUUUUGUUCUUACCUGCGUAACAAAAAGGCUGAAGUCAAGAAAUUGUGUAGAUGUCUCUGUAAAAAUAUUUAUGAAAUUGUCAGACAAUUCUUGUUACUCUGUACCAUUUACGUUACUUUGUAUGAAAAUAUUGCGAGUGUAUUUUUCAAUAAAGAACUUAUAAACUCA